AUAGCAAACAGUAUUUGUUUCCUGCAAGGCUGUCACCCACAUUUAGUUUGUCUUGGAAUCAGGUUGGACCUCUGUCCUCUUGCUCAACCACCAAACGUCAAGACAAAUUUUUGUCCUGAGAUCAUACAUUUCAUUCAUUCUUUUGACCUGCCAUAUUCACACUCACUCCACUGGCUGAUCUUUUUCCUUUCGCUCACUCUCGUCCACUGGCAUGGCCACGCCCCCUCCCCUCCCUGUCGUUUACUAGUUUCUGCUUAACCAGUUUAGCGUCCCUCCCUGUUUACACUAUAUAACUGAGGGCUGUGGCAACCGCUGCUCACUCUACUUAGAACACCUCAAAAGAGCCACAGCCUGCUGGGCCCUUUACUGACUGAGAGUGCAAUAAAAAAAAUCCCUAAAAAUGUCGGAUGACCAGGGCGUCUGCUAUUUGUGCAAGGAGGACCUGCGGGACCCCGUGUCCAUCCCCUGUGGGCACACCUUCUGCUCCAUCUGCCUGAAGACCUACUGGGACCAUGCCGACCACACGGGCACCUACAUGUGCCCGCAGUGCCGAGUCACGUACAACAAGAGGCCCACGCCGCGCCGCAACCCGUCCUCCGGCUCCUCCACGCGCCAUUCCACCUCCAGCUACAGGGCCUCCGAGCCCUCGCCCCCGGCGCCGCCGUCCCCGGAUUACAACUACGCCGGCCCCAGGGACGUGGGCUGCGACAUCUGCAUCGGCCGCAAGCUGAAGGCCGUCAAGUCCUGCCUCAUGUGCCUGGCGUCCUAUUGCGACAAGCACCUGAAGCCCCAUCACGAGAACGCCGCCUUCAAGAGGCACAAGCUGGUGGACGAGAUCGGGCACCUGGACCGGCAGAUCUGCCCGCAGCAUCAGAAGGGGCUGGAGCUGUACUGCCGCACCGACCAGAUGUGCAUCUGCGUGCUGUGCACGGUCAAGGAACACAAGGGUCACGACAUGGUAUCUGCUGAGCAGGAGAGAGCAGACAUGCAGCAACGUCUAGGCGCCACCCAGGCGGAGAUUCAGGAGAAGAUUCAUGACCGGGUGAAGCAGAUGGAGGAGCUGAAGCAAGCUGUGGACUCUCUUAAGAACUCUGCGCAGCGGGCCCUGCAGGAGAGCGAGAAGCUCUUCGCGGAGAUGCUGCGCUCCAUUGAGAGAAUGCAGCAGGAGAUGAGCAAGCUCAUCACGUCCAAUAAGAAGGCGGCGCUCAACAAUGCCGAGGGCCACAUGGACCGGCUCACCCACGAGAUCAGCGACCUGAAGAGGAGAGACGACGAGCUGACCGCGCUGUCACGCACCGAGGACCACAUCCACUUCAUCCAGAGCUACCACAUGCUAAUAGCCCAGACGGAUGCAGAGGAGCUGCCCAGCGUCACUGUGAAUCCGUAUUUCUCAUUCGGCUCCGUCACCAAGGCCGUCUCAGAGAUGAAGCAGCACCUGAGUGAGUUCAGCAAUGAAGAAUUGGUCAAAGUGGCCAAGACAGUGAAUAAAAUGCCAUUCUGCCAGCUGGACGAACGCAAGAAGAGAAAGACAUUGAAACCUGAUGAAGUUGAAAUGCACAAGAGCCCAAGCCAGCCGCCCCGGAGCAGGGAUGAGUUUCUGAAGUAUGCCUGUCAACUCACACUGGACUCAAGCACGGCCUACAGACAACUGUAUCUGUCACGGGGGAACCGGAAGGCCACCCUGAAGAGAGACCCUCAGUCAUACAGCGAUAGCACUCAGCGCUUUGACUGCCUGCCCCAGGUGCUUUGCAAGGAGGCCCUGUCUGGGGGUGCCUACUACUGGGAGGUCGAAUGGGCCGGAGAGGGCGCCUCCAUUGGGGUCACCUACAAGGGCAUCAAGAAGACGGGCUACGGUGACUCCGCCCGCAUUGGCUACAACCGCAAAUCCUGGAGCCUCUUCUGCUCGGACUCCAGCUACUCCGCCCGCCACAGCAAAGACCAGGUGGAAAUCAAUGCGACCUACUCCUCCCGCAUCGGAGUCUUCCUGGACUACUCUGGAGGGACUCUGUCCUUCUACAAUGUGUCAGAGUCAAUGUCACUCAUCCAUCAGUUCAAUGCCACUUUCAGUGAACCCGUUUACCCUGGAUUCUGGGUCUGGUAUGAAUCAGCAAUAACCCUAAAUCAACUGUAAUUAAGCAUUUACUUUAUUCAAGGUGUAACUAACACAAUUAAAAAUGAUUUUACAACAAAUGUGUAUCUGAAGUUACUAACAGUAAUACCUCUUACUCCUUAUUGAAGUAUCUGGUGGUGUAUCUACUGUUUGUGGACAGAGAAUAUAAUUAUUCAGAUUUA